CAAUGUUUGUGUUAUUAGUAUACACAAAAAUGCAAGUGAAACAUUGCUUGGAACACUCAAACAAGUUUUCUCGAAAGUUUUAAUUUCACAAGCAACAGAGUCUGGGCAAGAAGCACGUUUAAAUAAUUUAGUUGGGGAAUUAGAAGAAAGUUUGAUUAAUAGUACAGGAAAUAAUAAUUUGGGCGGGAGAGAAGAAACUGGUAAAUAAAUAAUUCUUAAAAAUAAUUUUGAGUAAAACAUGAUCUUAUAUUUUUCGAUCCUCUCGUAGGGUAUGCUUAUAUUAAGAGUGUGCUUCUUUCAGAGAGGCGGAGUUGUUUCUUCUCUACGUUCAGAAAUCGAGUUAUGGCGUUUAAGAUCAAAAAGAGGCUCUGAUCAGGCACAAAACUAUUAUGAUGCUUUAGAACCUUUGGCAGAACAUUUAGAAAUUUUGGAAGGAAAUGAUUUGGAUUUAGAUGAGCUUUACUCGGCUAUUGAAGCAGCAGAACAGAGUGUAGAUGCAUUAUGGAAUUUGGCUGUUGAUGAACCUUAUCCACAACAGAGAAUGAAACAAUUACUUAAUUGUAUAGGUGGAUUUGUGUUCUUAAUUUAUGUACUUAUUUUAAGAAUCACGCAAAAGUUUAGAUAA